GAAUCUGGAGGCGCAAUGGCGACGGCACUGGCGCUGGCCCUCUCGGCCGCCGCCGCCCCCCAGCCCCCUCCCACGGAGGAAGCCCCCCCAGGAUUAGAUGAGCGGGAAGACGGGGUGGAGAGCGAGGCGCGGUGCGAGGCCAGCAGUGCUGAGUCUCUAGACAGACUUCUUCCUUCUGUGGGCACAGGCCGGUCACCACGGAAACGGACCACUAGCCAAUGUAAAUCAGAGCCACCCUUGUUGCGGACCAGCAAAAGGACAAUCUACACAGCUGGUCGGCCUCCCUGGUACAAUGAACAUGGAACACAGUCAAAGGAAGCUUUUGUCAUUGGCCUGGGUGGCGGUAGUGCCUCUGGGAAAACCACUGUGGCCAGAAUGAUUAUUGAAGCUUUGGAUGUCCCCUGGGUAGUCCUGCUGUCCAUGGAUUCCUUCUACAAGGUGCUUACCAAGCAGCAACAGGAACAGGCAGCCAACAAUGACUUCAAUUUUGACCACCCUGAUGCCUUUGAUUUUGACCUCAUCGUUUGUACCCUCAAGAAACUGAAGCAGGGGAAGAGUGUGAAGAUCCCGAUCUAUGACUUUACCACACACAGCCGGAAAAAGGACUGGAAAACCCUGUAUGGCGCCAAUGUGAUCAUCUUUGAGGGAAUCAUGGCAUUUGCAGACAAGCAGCUCUUGGAGCUCUUAGAUAUGAAGAUCUUUGUGGACACAGACUCGGACAUCCGCCUGGUGCGACGGCUUCGGAGAGAUAUCAGUGAGAGGGGCCGGGACAUCGAGGGGGUCAUCAAGCAGUACAACAAGUUUGUCAAACCAGCCUUUGACCAGUACAUCCAGCCCACCAUGAGGCUUGCAGACAUUGUGGUUCCCCGAGGGAGUGGAAAUACCGUGGCCAUUGAUCUGAUUGUUCAGCAUGUCCACAGCCAGCUGGAAGAGCGUGAACUCAGCGUCAGGGCAGCAUUGGCCUCAGCUCACCAGUGCCACCCUCUCCCCAGGACCCUUAGUGUGCUGAAGAGCACCCCCCAAGUGAGGGGGAUGCAUACCAUCAUCAGGGAUAAGGAGACCAGUCGGGAUGAAUUUAUCUUCUAUUCAAAGCGACUAAUGAGGCUUCUCAUUGAGCAUGCUCUCUCGUUCCUGCCCUUCCAGGGCUGCACAGUCCAGACACCUCAGGGGCAGGACUAUGAAGGAAAAACUUAUGCUGGGAAGCAGAUCACAGGGGUGUCCAUCCUAAGGGCUGGGGAGACCAUGGAACCGGCUCUGCGGGCUGUGUGCAAAGAUGUCCGGAUUGGCACCAUCCUCAUCCAGACCAACCAACUCACUGGUGAGCCAGAGCUGCACUACCUUCGGCUCCCCAAGGACAUCAGCCAGGACCAUGUGAUCCUGAUGGAUUGCACGGUGUCCACCGGUGCGGCAGCCAUGAUGGCAGUGAGAGUGUUGUUGGACCACGAUGUUCCGGAAGACAAAAUCUUCCUGCUCUCAUUACUGAUGGCCGAGAUGGGGGUCCACUCUGUGGCCUACGCCUUCCCACGGGUGAAGAUCAUCACCACAGCUGUGGAUAAGAAAGUGAAUGACCUUUUCCGCAUCAUCCCUGGCAUUGGAAACUUUGGAGACCGCUACUUUGGGACAGAUGCCCCACCUGACUGGAGUGAUGAGGAAGAACUAGUUGGGACUUAGCACACACAACCGCCAAGGAACUCCUUGCCUUCUCUCACCAUUCCCUUCCUCUGCCUAGACUAGCCUUCCAGGGCCUCCGAAAAGGGCUGGGUGGGCAGGGCUGGGGAACAACCUGGACUCUUAGGCUCCUAGGGUAUCAGUGGAGGGAGAAGAGAUUAAUUUAUUUUGAUUUAGCUUUGCCAGUGUAAUUUAUUUUGAAAGUUUUAUUGAAAAAUGAAAUAAAAAUGUUAGCCAAAUUGAAGUUACUAGUAGGAUUAGAACAGUUGACUAAGGCUUUUGCCACUGCCAUACUCUCCUCUGACACUUUAACCCCAAUUUUGAUCCUUGAAGCAGAGGAAGGGGCCAGGGCAUGGAAAGGAUCAAACGGCCUCCCAGCUAGUGCACUGGCCUAGCCGCGGCUCGACCUGUGAGCCCAGUGGAGCCUGGGGGAGAGAGAGAAUAAGGGGCUGUUAGUGCUUCAGGCUGACACGGGCCAGGAGUUUUGCUGGUACUCUCACACCUGCUGCUUUACAACAGCUCUGAAGCCUCUUCACAGGUGGCGUCACCUCACCGGCGUGGCACCAUUGCCUGUCCUGCCCAGGGCAUACACCACCCAUCCUGUGUAUAGAGUUCGAGCUUCAGCAGCCCCCUAAUGCCUGGUACACUAAAAGCCUCAGUCUUCCUCCUCCACUAAAAACUCACAUGAUGUGGUUGCAGUUGUCUUUCCUGCCAACAGCAUAGGGGUUUGUGCGUGGGUGUGUGGGUGUGUAUUGAGGGGCGGGGGUGGGGGUGGUGAAACUGGGAAAUACAGUAGAAAUAGGGGGUGGAGGAAGGAAGAAGGAGGGCAGGGUAGCCCCUCAGGCCAGGUCCAGAGGCCCCACAGUAUCCUCUGAGCUGAGCAGCAGCAUGGAGCCCUCAGCCUCCAUGAAGGCUUUUCCACAGGGGCCCAUUCACUCCUGUCAUUUGAGUCCGGACCCAUCCUGCUCUCAUUGAGCACCAAAGUCAGAGUCCCUAUGAGAAGGAAUAAUAGGAGUCACCCACCUCCCCAAGACCAUACUGAAACCUCACCAGCCUGGGCUAGAAAGAAAGCUGGGUGCUAGGAACUACAGCCACAUUUCUAUCUCUCUGAUUUAGCCCCGAGGCCCAAGUCUCACCCUGCCUUUCCCUGGGCCUCAGCCUUCCCUUUAGUAAGAUCUGGAGAGCCCUCGGAUCACUGAGAUUUGAUCAUCAUGAUACUCAUCAGAGAGGUUUGAAAUGAAGCUGUCAUAUGAUCAAGGCAUACAUUGGAUGGCGAUUCGAGGCAGGACAGCUCAAGGCACAGUCCCGGGAGCUGCUUGGAGCAGCCCUGGGAAGGGUGUAUAGCACAUUGUAGCCAAGUUGGUAGGCCCAGCCCUGCUUCCUAAGCAGCCUGGCCUGAGGAGUCGCACUCUCUCCAUACUCAUUUACCCCACCCAGUUCCUACGGAGCUGUCCUGGUGCAAAUCCCAAGGAAUUGUUUCUGUUUGUCAGAGUUUGACUAGGGAUGCUGCUCUUGGUGUCCCCCGUCCUUCACAUCAAAGCCUUUCUCCUCUUAUGGUCACCACUCCAGUUUAUGUCUUCGCUUCUUGCUUGGACUAUUAAGUCUUCUGACUACUCUCCCUACCUUCAGUCCGCCCUUUCCAAUCCAUCUUCCACACAGCUGCCAAAGUAGUUUGAAUACCCAAGUCUCAACAUGUCCCUCCCCUUCUUGAAAGCAUUCAUUCAUUCACUCGAAGUAUUUUUUUAAGGAUCUACCGUCUACUAGUUGCUGGGGCUUCACUGGCAAAUAAAUGAAACAGUCUCUGCCUUCAAGCUUACAUUCUGCAGGGGAAACAGCAUAAUGAUUUUGUAUUAUACAAAUGUAUAAUACAAAUUAUACAUUUAUAUAUUAUACAAUACACAUUUCUAUACAAAUUUAUAA